AGCUGGGGGAAUUUCAAACUCGUCUGGCAACCUGAAAGACGCUAACGUUUACCUACCCGUUACUUACGAAAGUAGCCAAUGUCUACGUGGUUAAAAAAAUGCGCGGGACUGAAAUUGCUUACUAGUCGGUGUUCGUAUUUUGCCCAGCAUAUAAAGCAGCAAGCUGUACAUCACGCAGGAAUCCUCCUGAGCUGUUCUAAAAUGUCGUGCGGAAGAGGAGCGCUAAUCGUCCUGGAAGGAGUCGACAAGGCUGGAAAGACCACACAAUGCAAAAAGCUAGUCCAGGCACUGAUAGCGAGUGGUCGACCAGCCGAGAUGAUGAGAUUUCCCGACAGAACAACGAAGAUUGGUCAAUUGAUCAGUGCCUACCUGGAGAAGAAGAGCAACUUAGAAGACCAGACAGUGCAUUUACUCUUUUCAGCCAAUCGCUGGGAACUUGUACCUGAAAUGAGGGAGAAGUUGGAGCGGGGCAUCAGUCUGGUGGUGGAUAGGUAUGCCUUCUCAGGGGUGGCUUUCACAAGUGCCAAGCCGGGCUUCAGUCUGGAAUGGUGCAUGAAUCCAGACGUGGGACUGCCUAAACCAGACCUGGUGCUCUUCCUGCAGCUGCACCCUACAGCAGCUUCACAGCGAGGCCAGUUUGGGGCCGAGCGUUAUGAGACCAGUGACUUCCAGAGGGUUGUGAUGCAGAGGUUCGAGCAUCUGAUGAAGGACCCAUCUCUGAAUUGGCAGGUGAUUGAUGCUGCCAAAAGCAUAGAAGAAUUGCACGCUGAAAUCAAGACCCACAGUGAGACUGCCAUAGCUAUGGCAGAAAACCAGCCAAUUGGAGAGUUGUGGAAGUGAGAUUGCUCCAAUCGCAAGUCUCUAAUCGUGAAGCAGCGCCAAUCGGCAUUCCGUUGAAGAGGGGCAAAUCCAAUUUCAGUUCAACUAGUAGUGAGGCAUUCCAGAGCAAUGCACUAGUAUCUGAGAAUUGUGAAUUUGUUACUGUACUAAUACCUAGUGGUUGUCCUUAUUACGAGCUUCACUUACUGUCAGAAAGCAAAUGCAAAAUCAGGAGGGGGCAGUGGGGAUGGAGAGCAUUCAAAAGUGACACUUUUGAGACUCGGUGACCUGGGUAGGAAAACGCACGCCAAAAAGUAUGUAUUUUAAUAUUAAUCAAUGUCUUUAUUUCCUCUUUUUUAUUUUUGUAUGUGUUUCGCAUCUAUAUUCUGUUAGUUUGUCCAGCUAAUGCACAGAUAUGUAAAUAAACUUUUCAAAGCAACUUUUUCUUAUUUACAGUACCUUCGUUGGGAAUGGAACAAAUAUUUUAAAUAUGGACAGCUUUCAAUAAAACUGAUAGACAAGCUAAA